AUGAUAUAUGAUGGUUGGAACUUCCGAGUGUACAAAGGAGUUUAUGGAGGUCGUGAAAUUUUGGUGAAAAUAUUCGGAGAAAGAUCAAACUACAGGAGUGGUGAACUUCUAACUGCUACUGAACUUGCAAUUUCUUCAAACAUGAGCAACCACAAGAACGUUUUGAAGCUCUUGGGAUGUUGUCUUGAGACAGAAUUGGCCACUCUAGUUUUUGAAUUCCCAGCAAAAGGUAAUCUCCCUCAUCACAUUUAUGGUGACAAUGCACAAUCAUUGCCAUGGAAGAUCAAGUUGAAGAUCGCAAUUGAAAUAGCAGAUGCAGUUUCAUAUCUUCACCACGGCUCUUCCAAGGUGUUUAUUCAUAGGAACCUAAGAACUGAAAACAUCUUCUUGGACCAGGACUGGGUUGCCAAGCUGUCUGAUUUCCAAGUGUCACUACCAAUUCCUUUGGACGAAGACCAUGUAGUUUCGGAAUAUCUCGGAUUCUUAGGGACAUUAGCUCCAGAAGUAAUGAUCUGUAAUCAUUAUACAGAAAAACGUGAUGUCUUUAACUUGGGGAUGAUAAUGUGCGAAAUGUUGACAGGAAAGAAAAUGUAUGAGAUACAAAGACUCCGGUCUUCUGGGGAUUCAAAGGAACUGGAAAGCAUUAUGGAGAGAAAUGUAGUGCAUGAGAGCAACAUGAAGCAGGUGACAGAAUGCAGCAAGCUCGCAGUAAGGUGUCUCGACUCAGAUCCUGAUGCAAGACCAACGACGCAAGAAGUCUCACAGACACUCAGAUCGAUCAGAACGUUUUAG